AUGUUGAAAACUGAGUCUUCAGGUGAACGAACCACUCUCAGGAGUGCAUCCCCCCACAGGAAUGCAUAUAGAACUGAGUUCCAGGCACUGAAAAGCACCUUUGACAAACCUAAGUCAGAUGGGGAACAAAAAACAAAAGAAGGUGAGGGCUCCCAGCAGAGCAGAGGGAGGAAAUAUGGCUCCAAUGUCAACAGAAUUAAAAACCUAUUUAUGCAGAUGGGUAUGGAACCCAAUGAGAAUGCUGCAGUCAUUGCCAAAACCAGGGGGAAAGGGAGACCAUCCUCUCCCCAGAGAAGAAUGAAACCCAAAGAAUUUCUGGAGAAAACAGAUGGCUCAGUGGUUAAACUUGAGUCUUCUGUUUCAGAAAGAAUUAGUAGAUUUGACACAAUGUAUGAUGGUCCUUCAUAUUCUAAGUUCACAGAAACUCGGAAGAUGUUUGAGAGAAGUGUGCAUGAAUCAGGACAAAACAAUCGCUAUUCCCCAAAGAAAGAGGAGAAAGCUGGGGGCAGUGAACCUCAGGAUGAGUGGGGUGGGUCCAAGUCCAACCGAGGCAGUACUGAUUCCUUGGAUAGUCUUAGCUCCCGGACAGAGGCUGUCUCCCCAACUGUGAGUCAACUGAGUGCAGUAUUUGAGAACUCUGAUUCUCCCAAUGCCACUGUUUCAGAGAAGGGUGAAAACAAUGAAGAAUACUCAGUGACUGGGCGCUAUCCACUGAAUUUACCAUCUACUGUUACAAAUCUUGACACUUUUGGUCACUGUAAGGAUUCUGAUUCUUGGUCUCCUUCAAACAAACAAGAUGUUGAUGCAGAGGAUGCUCAAAAGGAUAAUACAACUGCAGCACCAGAAGUAGCUUCUAAAGGUACUCUAGUUUCAAUACCUAGUGAAGGGAUACAACAGAGCAAGGAAGCCGAGAACUCAAUUUCUACCCAAGAGACUCCUGAAAGAAUUGGCAAAGACAUUUCUGAAGAGCCUUGUGCUGAAAGUAAGGCAAUGCCAGAGUCUGAAAUCCCAUCACCACAAAAUGAAGCUUUAGAAGAUGCUGAAGCUAAUUUGAUUGGGGAUGAGGCAGCAAAGAAACAGAGGAAAGAACUUGGAGGUGGUGAUUUCACUUCUGGUGAUGCAUCUGGAUCCAGCUGUAGAAAAGAAGUACCUGAAGAUUUAAACAAUUUUGAGAGUUCCCAUGUUUACAUGCACAGUGACUAUAAUGUGUAUAGGGUAAGAUCCAGGCAUAAUUCAGACUGGGGAGAGACAGGCACUGAACAAGAUGAUCAGGAAGAUAGUGAUGAAAACAACUACUGUCAACCUGAUAUGGAAUACUCAGAAAUUGUCGGAUUGCCAGAAGAAGAAGACAUCCCAGCAAAUAGGAAAAUUAAGUUUAGUAGUGAUCCAAUUAAGGUUUUUAAUACAUACUCCAAUGAAGACUAUGACAGGAGAAAUGAUGAAGUUGAUCCUGUAGCUGCUUCAGCUGAAUAUGAACUAGAAAAGCGUGUAGAAAAACUUGAACUUUUCCCAGUGGAACUAGAAAAAGAUGAGGAUGGACUUGGGAUAAGUAUUAUUGGAAUGGGUGUUGGAGCAGAUGCUGGACUUGAAAAACUGGGAAUAUUUGUCAAGACAGUAACAGAAGGUGGUGCUGCUCAGCGGGAUGACAGAAUAAAAGUCAAUGACCAGAUUGUGGAAGUGGAUGGAAUCAGCUUGGUGGGUGUCACACAGAAUUUUGCUGCUACAGUUCUCAGAAACACUAAGGGCAAUGUCAGAUUUGUUAUUGGGCGGGAAAAACCAGGACAAGUGAGUGAAGUUGCCCAGUUGAUAAGCCAAACUCUGGAACAAGAAAGACGCCAAAGAGAGCUGCUUGAGCAGCACUAUGCCCAGUAUGAUGCCGAUGAUGAUGAAACAGGGGAAUAUGCCACAGAUGAAGAAGAGGAUGAGGUAGGGCCAGUCCUUCCUGGCAGUGACAUGGCCAUUGAAGUCUUUGAACUGCCUGAGAACGAGGACAUGUUUUCCCCAUCAGACCUGGACACAAGCAAACUCAGUCACAAGUUCAAAGAGUUGCAAAUCAAACAUGCAGUUACAGAAGCUGAGAUUCAAAAAUUGAAGACAAAGUUGCAAGCAGCAGAAAAUGAAAAAGUACGGUGGGAACUAGAAAAAAACCAACUCCAACAAAACAUAGAAGAGAACAAAGAAAGAAUGUUGAAGUUGGAGAGCUACUGGAUCGAGGCUCAAACGCUAUGCCAUACAGUGAACGAGCACCUUAAAGAGACUCAAAGCCAAUAUCAAGCAUUGGAAAAGAAGUACAACAAGGCCAAAAAAUUGAUCAAGGAUUUUCAACAAAAAGAACUUGAUUUCCUCAAAAGACAGGAAGUUGAAAGGAAGAAAAUAGAAGAUUUGGAAAAAGCUCAUCUCGUGGAAGUUCAAGGUCUACAAGUGCGGAUUAGAGAUUUGGAAACUGAGGUGUUCAGGCUCCUGAAGCAAAAUGGGACUCAAGUUAACAAUAAUAACAACAUCUUUGAGAGAAGAACAUCUCUUGGUGAUGUCUCUAAGGGAGAUACCAUGGAGAACUUGGAUGUUAAGCAAUCGUCUUGUCAAGACAGCUUAAGUCAAGACUUCAGUGAAGCAGUUCCAGAGACAGAGCGCCUGGAUUCAAAGGCACUGAAAACUCGGGCCCAGCUCUCUGUGAAGAACAAACGCCAAAGGCCUUCCAGGACAAGACUGUAUGACAGUGUCAGUUCCACAGAUGGAGAGGACAGUCUAGAGCGAAAGGGUUUGAGAACUUCUCCAGAAUCAGAUUCUGGUGCUCUGCCCCUCAAUCCAGUGGCUACAUCUGACUACAUACCUGAAUUUGAAGAAAGACAACUGCACCCAGAAAAGGGGCCUUUCUCUUCUAUUUGGGGAGAUACUUCACUCUCCUGUCCUUCAAAAUCUGAUCACAAUGUGGAGGAAUCUACUUGUUACCAUGAAGCCACCACCAAGAAAACAUUACAAGGAAAAGAUGGUGCCAAAGGCCCCAAGUCAUUGAAAGCAUCCAGUUCAUUAGUGAUGCAAGGAGGAAAAAUUAAACGGAAGUUUGUGGAUCUUGGGGGACCUUUGCAAAGGAAUUCCAACAAGGGAAAGAAAUGGAAAGAAAAGGAAAAAGAAGUCAAUAGGUUUUCUCCAGGGAGCAGGGUCUUCAGAGGCAGGCUGGAAAACUGGAGACCUGCACCGUCCUCCACAGCUCAGGCUUCCACUCACUCACCUUGCAUGCCUUUCUCGUGGUUUCAUGAAAGCAGAAAAGGAUCUUAUUCCUUCCGGAACCUACCUUCACCUACAAGCAUUCUUCAGCCUUCUCCCGAGACUCUAAUUUCAGAUAAAAAGGGGUCCAAGAAUUUUACCUUCAAUGAUGACUUCAGUCCCAGCAGUACCAGUUCUGCAGACCUGAGUGGCUUAGGAGCAGAACCUAAAACCCCAGGGCUAUCUCAGUCCUUAGCACUGUCAUCCGAUGAGAUCCUUGAUGAUGGACAGUCUCCCAAACACAGUCAGUGUCAGAGUCGGGCCGUUCAGGAAUGGAGUGUGCAGCAGGUUUCUCACUGGUUAAUGAGCCUAAAUCUGGAGCAGUAUGUAUCUGAAUUCAGUGCCCAAAACAUCACUGGAGAGCAACUCCUGCAGUUGGAUGGAAGUAAACUUAAGGCUCUUGGAAUGUCCUCCUCCCAAGACCGAGCAGUCGUCAAAAAAAAACUCAAGGAAAUGAAGGUGUCUCUAGAGAAGGCUCGGAAAGCUCAAGAGAAAAUGGAAAAACAACGAGAAAAGCUGAGGCGGAAGGAACAGGAUCAAAUGCAAAGGAAGUCCAAAAAGACAGAAAAGACGACAUCAGAUGCAACAGAAGGUGCUAAGGAGCAGUAA